GGCAAAUUAUUUCGCGGUGUUGGUUAGGCGCGGACAACACCAGGGAACAUUUAUCCAACAGAGGAUUAUCGGCUGAACCAUGCGAUCGGCAAUCAGCAUACUGGGACUGACCGUCAUCGCCGCUACACUGGUUGCGGCCAAAAUUCCGCCACCGGGUCUGAAGAAGCUCAGCGAUGCGACGCUGGAAAAUCUGCCCAAAUUCGAGCCCAACAUCCGGCACCGCGCGGUGAAAGCCAUCCCUGACUGUUUCGACGCGCGGACGAAAUGGCCCAAGUGUAAGAGUAUCUCCGACGUCCGUGAUCAAGGCAUGUGCGGCACGUGCUGGGCCGUCGCCAGUGCUGCCGUCCUGUCAGAUCGCUUUUGCAUCGCUUCCGGUGAGAAGGAUCAGACGUACAUCUCCGCCGAACAUCUGGCCGGAUGCACGGAUCUCAAACGCAACGGAUACGAAAAUUGUCAAGGCGGCAACGACAACGCCAACGCCUACCGGCAAGCGGCCGUUUACGGUGUGGUCAGUGGCGGUAACUACAACAGCAAAUCGGGUUGCAUGCCGUACCCGCUGCGUCCGCUGCCUGACUCGGAGGCCAUCGACAUCACCUGCCGCGAUCAGUGCACCAAUACCGGCUUCAAGCAGAGCUUCGAAAAGGACAAACACUACAUCGAUGCUUUUUGGACCUCCUACAUCGGAUCCAAGCCCCUAAACGGCAUUCAGAACACCCCUCCUGACCAGACCGCCAAGAAUGUGGAGCUAAUGAAGCUGGAGAUCAUGACCAACGGCCCCAUCACCGCCGCCAUCGUCAUGUACACUGAUUUCGAACCCUGGAAACCCGAACAAGGAGCCUACCGGGGUCCGGGUCCGGAAGCCCAAGGUCCCAUCGGCGGGCACGCCGUCCGCAUCAUCGGGUGGUGCAAGGACCCCAACGGGGUUCCCUACUGGCUGAUCUCCAACUCGUGGGGCGCCGCCCGCGGAGACAAGGGCUACUACUGGGUGGAGAUGGGGCAGAACGUCAUCGGGAUCGAGGAUAUGAUAGCCGCGCCCAUCAUGAACCAGCCCAACAGCUGCCCGGCCAGUUUGUGCGAUAAGCCCCUCGACCAGAUGAUCCGGCUGCGGCCCACGGAGCCCCAGUCGCCGGUGUACGUCUUCCAGGGCAACUGCACACAAGAGGUGCAGAUCAGCGCUGACGGGAAGAUCACACCGGUGGGAAAGCCGACGCCCAUCGCCAGUACCUUCAUGGGCGGACCCAACUCCGGUCCGAUCAAGACCUGGGUGGAGGCGCAGAAUCCCCAGGAAGUCUGGAUCGCUAACGAAAAUGGAAGAGCCGGUGUCUGUUUCGACACGCCGCGCGCCGGAAAGAAAGGCUGUCGCGUUGGACGGUUCAACUCGAUCGAUAAAAACGCCGGGCCAAUGACCAUCACUGCUAGCCGCGACAAAUAUAUCUACUAUACCGAUGCGACUCGUGCCCGGCAGAUCUUCAAAUUCCCCGGCGGCGGCACGAGCGGCCACGCCAUCGAUAUCGCCGACACGUUCAGCAGUAAGUUCCAGAAGGUCAACUCGCUCCUGGACAUUGACGGCAGCAAGAUGCUGGUGUGCGGCGUGGGCAUUAAGGGACUGCCGGCCUGCGCCACCUUCGACUACGCCACCGAGAAGCUGUCCAAUCACAACACGCUCAAGAAAUACGUGACCAAGUGCUGAAGGCAGGGAUUCUGUAGAAGCUUGUUUUUAACGCUGAUCAGCAAUGGUUCGGUAAAGACGUGUCAAGUUUGGCGCCCGUGCCGAAGUAAUCUGUACACCUGCUUGAUCGGCUAUCUGCAUACCGUUCACACUCUUGUUGAUGACAGAAUGCAUGUAACUGUGUAAAACGUUUUACCGACUGGCUGAUCCGUAAAACGAUUUACCAAUCAACCCGAAGUUCUGUUGUUGAAAAAAAAAACUAAAAAACUAAUUG